UUUCUCUCUCUCUCUCUCUCUCUUAUUGAAGACCAAGUGCUCUGUUUUCCAUUCGUCAACCUUGCAAGCAUUGCACCACGGAAAGCAGUGAUCUCAUCUCCACUUUUUGAACAAGAAAAGGUUCGGCCUUUGGAGCCAAACUUUUCACCAAACCCACGGAUCCAAAGAUUGCCUGCAGGAGUGGACUUGCAGAGUAGCAGAGGAAGAAGACAAUGGGACGUGCUACCCGAUGGCUGAGAAACUUGCUUGGUGGGAAGAAGGAGAACAACAAGAACACCAGCAACGACAACAACAUCAACAACAACAACAACAUCAUCAUCAACAACAACAAUGGCAACAAUGGCAACAAUGGCUACAAUGAAGACAAGAGAGAGAAGAAGAGAUGGAGCUUCACUAAAUCCAGUAGAGAUUCCAAUGCUGGUAUGGAAAUACAAACCGAUCAUCUUCAUCAUCCAAGAACCACAACAACAGACUCGUCAGCAUGGCUACAUUCAUUCUACUCUAAGAGUGAAAAAGAACAAAACAAACACGCCAUUGCAGUAGCUGCAGCAACAGCCGCCGCCGCUGACGCUGCCGUCGCCGCCGCACAAGCUGCCGUGGCAGUUGUCCGUCUCACCAGCCAAGGCCGUGGCACCAUGUUCUCCGGCGUUCAAGAACGUCAUGCUGCUGUCAAGAUCCAAACUGCAUUCAGAGGCUUCUUGGCAAAGAAAGCACUGAGAGCACUUAAAGCAUUAGUGAAAUUACAAGCAUUGGUUCGGGGAUAUCUUGUUAGGAAACAAGCAGCUGCAACUCUUCAUAGCAUGCAGUCUCUGAUCAGAGCUCAGGCCACUGUCCGGGCGCAAAGGUCUCGCAAGCUUCAGCCAGAAACACGGCCUCGGAGAUCUCUUGAGCGGUUUGAUGAAUGCAGGAGUGAGCAAUUGGGACAGUUUCAUAGCUGGAGGAUGUCUGAUACUUCAAGCAAUAGCUUUGAUCGAAGCCCGAAGAUUGUAGAGAUUGAUACUGGGCGUCCUAAGUCUCGGUCUUCCCGGAGGACUAGUGCGAAUUUGAUUGAUUCUGCUGAGGACAUCUUGCUGCCAUCUGUGUCAUCUCCUUUGCCUUGCAACAUUCCGGCGAGGAUAUCAAUCCCUGAGUACAAGAAUUAUCAAGACUUUGAUUGGUGCUUUGCUAAUGAGAAAUGUCGGUCAUCUGUAACUGCACAGAGCACGCCGAGGUACAUGAAUUCGAAUAGUAUGGCUGCGCCUGUUACUCCGGCGAAGAGUGUCAGUGCUGCAGAUGGGGUGUUUAGACGGUUUCUGAUUGCCGGGAAUGGUCCUAAUUAUAUGGCAAACACGCAGUCAUUCGAGGCGAAAGUUCGAUCUCAGAGCGCACCGAAGCAGAGGCCAGAACCCAUUGCAGGUCUGAGAAAGAGGCUGCCAUUGACUGAGAUGAUUGGAUCAAGAGCUAGUUUGAGCGGUGUUGGAAUGCAGAGAUCAUGCACACAAGUUCAAGAAGCAUUCAACUUCAAAAGUGCGGUAAUUGGCAGGCUUGAUAGAUCUGCAGACCUUUCAAGAGAUUUAGACAAGGAUUACCAUCACUACUUGCAGAGGAAAUGGUGAACAUAAAAUAUCAAUGUGAAAUAAAAGAAAAAGGAAAAGAUUUCGUAUUUCCUUGUUUCACCAUUGUAACAGUAUUUGGAGAAUGAAUGAAUCAAUGAAUCAAUGAACAUCAUAGAACAA